CGCUCGGCGCGCAGUCGGUGCUUUGCGUCACCGCUGAGCGCGCCACUGAAAUUGGGAGAGUUGUGCCCGUUCCUUUUCCACCACCGCCACCACAUUUUUCUCCGGAAGUCCGCGUUGUCCGCGGUGUGUGUCGAUACAGAUACGUUCACGUCAGCGGUGCAUCGCUUCGACGGUCUUCGAAGCUACCUUCCGAGUCCGAGCUUUUUCCGUUAGUCUUCACGCGCUCGUUCUCGCAUUCGUCGCGCUCUGUGCGUCACCGUAGCGCGUUUAAGUCCAGCAGCCUUGAGAGGCGGAUCCGAGCGAAGGUCGCCAAUAUGUUUAGCUGGCUGAGCCGUGAUGAGAACAGCAAGCAAGACCUCUUUGAAAAUGUCACGGAAGGUCUCAAGAGGAUAUACAAGUCAAAAUUGUUGCCCCUGGAACAAUAUUACCAAUUCCAUGACUUUCAUUCGCCGCAGCUGGAUGAUCCGGAUUUUGAUGCAAAACCCAUGAUACUUUUGGUUGGACAAUACUCGACGGGAAAAACCACGUUUAUCAAAUAUCUUCUAGAAAGAGAAUUUCCUGGCAUCAGGAUCGGACCUGAGCCCACCACGGAUCGAUUCAUCGCGGUUAUGUAUGAUGAAAAGGAGGGCGUCAUUCCUGGAAAUGCCUUGGUUGUAGAUCCAAACAAGCAGUUCAGACCACUAUCGAAAUUCGGCAACGCAUUUUUGAAUAGAUUUCAGUGCUCAACAGUAUCGUCACCUGUUUUAAAAGGCAUAUCUAUAGUUGAUACACCCGGUAUAUUAUCUGGUGAGAAACAACGAGUUGACAGAGGAUAUGAUUUUACCGGUGUUCUAGAAUGGUUUGCCGAACGUGUAGAUAGAAUUAUAUUAUUGUUUGACGCUCACAAGCUUGAUAUAUCAGACGAGUUUCGUAGAUCUAUUGAAGCAUUACGUGGACAUGAUGAUAAAAUUAGAAUUGUUCUCAAUAAAGCUGAUAUGAUUGAUCAUCAGCAACUCAUGAGAGUAUAUGGUGCGUUAAUGUGGUCCUUAGGGAAAGUGUUACAGACUCCUGAAGUAGCUAGAGUGUAUAUUGGCUCAUUUUGGGAUCAGCCACUUAGAUAUGAUGUUAAUAGAAGAUUAUUCGAAGAUGAAGAACAAGACUUGUUCAAAGACAUGCAGUCACUCCCAAAAAAUGCUGCAUUAAGAAAACUUAAUGAUUUAAUUAAACGAGCUCGCUUGGCAAAAGUGCAUGCGUACAUAAUAAGCGCCUUACGAAAGGACAUGCCAAGUAUGUUUGGUAAAGAUUCUAAGAAGAAGGACCUGAUAAAAAACUUGGGCCAGAUUUACGAUCAAAUUCAAAGAGAGCAACAGAUUUCUCCAGGAGAUUUUCCCGAUUUGAAGAAAAUGCAAGAAUGUCUAGCGCAUCACGAUUUUAGCAAAUUUAAUCCCUUAAAACCCAAAUUGUUAGAAGUAGUAGAUAAAAUGCUCGCUGAAGACAUUGCGAAGCUUAUGGCUAUGAUACCGCAUGAAGAAGUCACCACGGUUUCGGAACCACUUAUUAAAGGUGGUGCGUUUGAAGGUGUUGAAGAUCAGGUUAGUCCAUUCGGAUACAAAAGAGGAGAGGGAAUUGAUGCAGGUGCAGGCGAGCCAGAAUGGAUAGUCAAUAAGGAAAGGUACAAGUACGACAGCAUCUUUGAAUCACUCGGACCGCAAGAUGGAAAAAUUACAGGAGCAGCGGCCAAAUCGGAAAUGGUCAAGUCCAAAUUGCCAAACAGCGUGCUUGGAAAGAUUUGGAAACUUUCGGAUAUUAAUAAAGAUGGAUUCCUAGACGCGGACGAAUUCGCUUUGGCCAUGCAUUUAAUUAAUGUUAAGCUCGAAGGCUACGACCUUCCAUCCGAGCUGCCGGAACAUUUAAUACCACCAUCGAAACGUGACACAUAAUACACGAUGUUUGUAUGAUAAUUUAUUGCGUUUUUACACAAAAUGCUACAUACUUGGGCUCACAGGAUCGCAAAUAUUGAAACACCUGUUAAUUAUGCGCUAAUGCCAGUGGCGGUUUGCUAUCGUAGUUGUAUUAUAUGUGUUUUGAUAAUAUAUUACAAGGCCGGGAAAAAUAUAGUUCGCAAUCAUAAAGAAUGUGCUUAUGGCUAUGAAUUAUGGCCAUAAUCGACCAGUAUCUGUUAAACACUAUUUUUCUGAAAUAUAUAAUAAGAAUUAUACAACUACACACACAUACACACAUAUAUACAACAUUUGCUGGCAUAUUAGCAUAUUAACAAGUUCUAAAUUGUUCAACACAUUCGUAUUCAACACAUGAGUUCAAUAUAUAUAUAAUUGAAAAUUUCGCUUUGGAAA